AUGUUAACUGCUCCCUCAAGAACCUCAGAGCCACUAGAUGCUUCAUCAAGUCUCUCAAAAGCAACAUCUGGGACAUCAUUUCCUGAAACCACUUCUAGUGCAUCUGUAGCAGCCUCAAGGGCAAUGGCUGCUUCAUCUGGCACCCCAACAGCAAUCUCUUUGACAUCAUCUCCUGAAAAUAGUUCCAGUGUACCACCAGGAACAUCAGGGCCACUGCAUGCCUCAACAAUUCUCCCAACAGCAACCUCUGCAACACCAUCUCCUGAAUCCACUUCUAUGCCAAAUUCAGGAGUAACAGGGACACUGAGUGCUUCAUCCAGUCUCCCAAAACCAACCUCUGUGACACCAUCGCUUGAAAAUAGUUCUACUGUACCACCAGGAACCUCAGGGACACAGCAUGCAACAACAAAUCUCCCAACAGAUACCUCUGGGACACCAUUUACUGUUUUCACUUCUAGUACACAUUCAGGGACAACAGGGACCCUGGAUACUUCAUUAGGACUCUCAACAGCACUUACUGGGAUUCCAUUUGCUGAAACACUUUCAACUGCACCUGCAGGAACCUCAGGGCCACUAGAUAUUUCAUCAGGUCUCUCAACAGCAAUCUCUGGGACACCAUCUCCUGAAACCGCUUCAAGUGCACAUUUAGGAGCCACAGAGCCACUGGAUUCUUCAUUAAGUAUCUCAACAGCAACCACUAGGAUACCAUCUCCUGAAACUACUUCUAAUGCAACUCUAGCAGUCUCAAGUUCACUGGCUGCUUCAUCAACUCUCCCCAGAGCAACUACUCGGACACCAUUUCCUAAAGAAAAUUCAACUGCUCCUACAGGAACCUCAGAGCCACUACAUGCCUCAUCAAGUCUCCCAACAGCAACCUCUGGGACACCAUCUCCUGAAACCACUUCUAUGCCACAUUCAGGAGUAACAGGGACACUGGAUGCUUCAUCCAAACUUCCAAAACCAACCUCUGUGACACCAUCUCUUGAAAAUAGUUCAACUGUACCACCAGGAACCACAGGGCCACUGCAUGCCACAACAAAUCUCCCAACAGCUACAUCUUGGACACCAUUUCCUGAAUCCACUUCAAUAACAGGGACACUGGAUGCUUCAUCCAAACUCCCAAAACCAACCUCUGUGACACCAUCUCUUGAAAAUAGUUCAACUGUACCACCAGGAACCACAGGGCCACUGCAUGCCACAACAAAUCUCCCAACAGCUACAUCUUGGACACCAUUUCCUGAAUCCACUUCAAGUGCAUCUCUCGCAGCCUCAAGGACAAUGGCUACUUCAUUCGGUUCCUCAAAGACAACUACUGGGACACCAUCUCUUGAAAAUAGUUCCAGUGUACCACCAAGAACCUCAGGGCCACCGCAUGCCUCAACAAAUCUCCCAACAGCAACCUCUGGGACACCAUUUCCUGAAACCACUUCUAGUGCAUCUCUUGCAGCCUCUAGGGCAAUGGCUGCUUCAUCUGGUACCCCAACAGCAAUCUCUUUGACACCAUCUCUUGAAAAUAGUUCCAGUGUACCACCAGGAACUUCAGGGCCACCGCAUGCCUCAACAAAUCUCCCAACAGCAACCUCUGGGACACCAUUUCCUGAAACCACUUCUAGUGCAUCUCUUGCAGCCUCUAGGGCAAUGGCUGCUUCAUCUGGUACCCCAAAACCAACCUCUGUGACACCAUCUCUUGAAAAUAGUUCAACUGUACCACCAGGAACCUCAGGGCCACUGAAUGCCACAACAAAUCUCCCAACAGCUACAUCAUGGACACCAUUUCCUGAAUCCACUUCAAGUGCAUCUCUCGCAGCCUCAAGGACAAUGGCUGCUUCAUCCGGUUCCUCAAAGACAACUACUGGGACACCAUCUCUUGAAAAUAGUUCCAGUGUACCAUCGGGAACCACAGGGCCACUGCAUGCCUCAACAAACCUCCCAACAGCAACCUCUGGUACACCAUUUCCUGAAACCACUUCUAGUGCAUCUCUUGCAGCCUCAAGGGCAAUGGCUGCUUCAUCUGGCACCCCAACAGCAAUCUCUUUGACACCAUCUCUUGAAAAUAGUUCCAGUGUACCAACAGGAACCUCCGAGCUACUACAUGCCUCAUCAAGUCUCCCAACAGCAACCUCUUGGACAUCAUCUCCUGAAUCCACUUCUAUGCCACAUUCAGGAGUAACAGGGACACUGGGUGCUUCAUCCAGACUCCCAAAUCCAACCUCUGUGACACCAUCGCUUGAAAAUAGUUCUACUGUACCACCAGGAACCUCAGGGCCACUGCAUGCCACAACAAAUCUCCCAACAGCAACCUCUGGGACACCAUUUACUGUUUUCACUUCUAGAACCUCAGGGCCACUAGAUAUUUCAUCAGGUCUCUCAACAGCAAUCUCUGGGACACCAUCUCCUGAAACCGCUUCAAGUGCACAUUUAGGAGCCACAGGGCCACUGGAUUCUUCAUUAAGUAUCUCAACAGCAACCACUAGGAUACCAUCUCCUGAAACUACGUCUAAUGCAACUCUAACAGUCUCAAGUUCACUGGCUGCUUCAUCAACUCUCCCCAGAGCAACUACUCGGACACCAUUUCCUAAAGAAAAUUCAACUGCUCCUACAGGAACCUCAGAGCCACUACAUGUCUCAUCAAGUCUCCCAACAGCAACCUCUGGGACACCAUCUCCUGAAAAGAGUUCCAGUGUUCCUCCAGAAACUUCACGAUCACUGCAUGUCUCAUCAGGUCUCCUAAUGAUAACCCCUGGGACGCCAUCUCCUAAAACCAGUUCUAGUGCACCUCCAGGCUCAUCUCUUGCCAGUCCAACAAAAAGUCCUGAAACAACUUUAUCAAGCAGGACCUUGAGCACAUCUUUCAGUUCCCCCACCGGCUCAGUAUUACCCAUCAACCCAAGCUCCAGCGGCCCAACAGCUACUCACCUUAACUCUAUCAAAACAAACAUCCCAACCUCAGGAAUUUCCUCUGGCGUAUCUGUCAAUCCUGGUUCAAUCAGCCCAAUUUCCUCCCAUCCCAGCGUCACCGGCUCAGUAUUGUCCACUCAUCCUGGUUUGACCAAUUCACUGCCCUUGAAUCCAGGUUCCACCAGCUUCCAAACAAGCAUUCCUACUUCAGGAAUUUCCUCUGGUAUCUCUUCCAACUCUGUCAACCCUGGUUCAAUCAGCCCAAUUUACUCCCAUCCCAGCGUCACCGGCUCAGCAUUUUCCAUCCAUCCUGGCUUGACCAAUUCAAUACCCUUGAACCCAGGUUCCACCAACUUCCAAACAAGCAUCCCGACCUCAGGAAUUCCCUCUGGCAUAUCUGUCAACCCUGGUUCAAUCAGCCCAAUUUACUCCCAUCCCAGUGUCACCAGUGCAGUAUUGUCCACCCAUCCCGGCUUGACCAAUUCAGUACCCUUGCACCCCGGGUCCACCAACUUCCAAACAAGCAUCCCAACUUCAGGAAUUCCCUCUGGCAUAUCUGUCAACCCUGGUUCAAUCAGCCCAAUUUCCUCCCAUCCUAGCGUCACCGGCUCAGUAUUGUCCACCCAUCCCGGCUUGACCAAUUCAGUAUCCUUGCACCCCGGGUCCACCAAUUUCCAAACAAGCAUCCCGACCUCAGGAAUUCCCUCUGGUGUAUCUGUCAACCCUGGUUCCAUCGGCCCAAUUUCCUCCCAUCCUAGCGUCACCGGCUCAGUAUUGUCCACCCAUCCCGGCUUGACCAAUUCAGUACCCUUGCACCCCGGGUCCACCAAUUUCCAAACAAGCAUCCCGACCUCAGGAAUUCCCUCUGGUGUAUCUGUCAACCCUGGUUCCAUCGGCCCAAUUUCCUCCCAUCCCAGCGUCACCGGCUCAGUAUUGUCCACCCAUCCCGGCUUGACCAAUUCAGUACCCUUGAACCCAGGUUCCACCAACUACCAAACAAGCAUCCCAACAUCAGGAAUUUUUCCCGGUGUAUCUUCCAACUCUGGUUCCACUAACUCAGGUUCAUCUUCUUCCGCUAUUGGCAUUCCUACAAACAAUUCUUCAGUGAGUGCUUUCUCCACUGUUCCCCCAUUAUCUGGCUACCCUUCCCAAAGUUCAUCUGGUUCAAGCAGCACCGUAUCUCCUUUGCCCGAGCCUAGCUCCAGCAUUACAACCUCAGGUUCAGGAUCCACAGGACCCACAUCUAACAGCACAG